AAAGCUAACGGCUACAAUCCUGCUUUCUCUUCUCUCUUCCCUCUUCCACUUGUUUAUUGUUGUUAUCGGAGACAUUUAUCGUUAUCGAUUGAUAAAACCUCGGCGAAACAAUCGCUUCUCGCUGCCAAUCUUGGCAAACUCGAAAAAAAUUGGAGCUUUGCCGAGCAUUCAUCCAAAAAAGACUUGAUUUUUAAGCUCACUUCCUCUGCCUAUUCACCUCUGAUUCUUUCCUUUUUGGUAAGAAUCCGAUUAUCUAUUCUACCUGGUUUCCUUUUCUUUUUUUUUCCCUCGUAAUUUGAGGCCUUAUACAUUAACACAAGUUUUUAGCAUGCAACAAUCUGAUAAACCCAGGAGCUGAAAAGGUAAAAAAAAAUUUCUUUUUUGGCUUCUGGGUUUACCCAAUGAACUCCAUUUCGUUUUAGUGGAUUUUAGAUUCAAAAUCUAAAUCUCUUUCACCUAAAAUUUGUUGCUUUCUGUUUAGAGAGGGAGAGGGAGAAAAUGUCUGUUGUUGAUGUUGGUUUGAGUCCGAUUUUUAAAGAAUCAGGUCAUUUUCUUCCUGGUUAUUGUGGUCAAAAGGGACCAGUAAUCGAGGAUUCAUCGAUUCUAAUUUAUAUUAGCGUGGGUGGUUCUUCAAUUCCUAUGAGGGUUUUCGAGUUUGAUUCUAUAGCUGCAGUGAAGCUAAGGAUUCAGACAAGGAAUGGUUUUGUAGUGAAUAAGCAGAAGUUAGUUUUUGGAGGGAGGGAAUUGGCAAGAAAUGAUUCUCUUGUUAAGGAUUAUGGGGUCACUAGGGGCAAUGUCUUGCACUUGGUUCUCAAGCUCUCUGAUCUCUUGUUUGUCAUUGUAAGGACCAAUUGUGGAGAGGAAUUUGAGUUUCAUGUGGAUAGGUAUAGGAAUGUUGGGUACAUAAAGCAACGAAUAUUUAAAGAAGGUAAGGGAUUUGUUGAUGUUGAGGACCAGGAGAUCUUUUAUAAUGGAAAAAAGCUUGAUGAUCAGAAAAUUGUUGAUGAUAUAUGUAAUGAUAAUGAUGCUGCCAUCCAUUUGUUGGUUGAAAAAUCUGCCAAAGUGAGGGCUAAGCCUUUGGAAAAGGAUUUUGAGAUUUUGGUAGUGGCAGCAAAUUCCACUGAGAAGAGAGAUAGGUCAAUUGAUGGAGGAGAGAACCGAUCCGAAGAGGUUCCUGUUCUCUCAAAGGAGCGAUCUGGCAGAAAUUUCAUGCUGGAACCGGUUAUUGUUAAUCCUAAGGUGAAGCUGAAUUCGGUUUUUUGGAACAUGAUUAACUCUGCACUUGAUGGAUUGGAAAAAGGUAAUGCACCCAUCCGAUCUUCUGAGGGAACAGGAGGGACUUACUUUUUGCAGGAUCCAUCAGGUCAGGAGUUUGUAUCUGUUUUUAAGCCUGUUGAUGAGGAGCCUCUGGCUGUGAAUAACCCCCAGGGGCUGCCCGUGUCAUCGAAUGGUGAGGGUUUAAAAAGGGGGACAAGGGUAGGAGAAGGAGCAUUGAGGGAAGUUGCGGCUUACAUAUUGGAUCAUCCAAGGAGUGGUCCACGGGCAGUAAAUGGAGAAACUAUAGGCUUUGCUGGGGUCCCCCCUACAGUCAUCGUUCAAUGCUUGCACAAAGGAUUUAACCAUCCAGAAGGGUUUGAAAAUGCAACGGAGUAUGCCAAGAUCGGGUCUUUACAGAUGUUUAUGAAGAACGAGGGGAACUGUGAGGACAUCGGUCCCGGGGCUUUCCCGGUGGAGGAGGUGCACAAGAUCAGUGUGUUCGAUAUAAGAAUGGCCAAUACAGAUAGGCAUGCUGGGAAUAUAUUGAUUAGCACAGGGAAGGAUGGUCAAAUAAUACUCAUUCCAAUUGAUCAUGGUUACUGCUUGCCUGAAAAAUUUGAAGAUUGCACAUUUGACUGGCUUUACUGGCCACAAGCCCGCCAGCCGUACUCACCCGAAGUUGUUGACUACAUAAACUCACUGGAUGCUGAACAUGACAUCGCACUAGUGCAAUUCUAUGGGUGGAAUAUUCCUCUUGAGUGUGCCCGCGUCCUUCGUAUCUCCACUAUGCUUCUGAAGAAAGGGGUAGAGAGAGGUCUCACUCCUUUUGCUAUCGGAAGCAUCAUGUGUAGAGAGAACUUGAAUAAGGAAUCUGUGAUCGAGGAGAUUAUUCGUGAAGCAGAAGAUUCUUUGCUCCCUGGUAUGAGUGAAGCUGCAUUUCUCGAAGCUGUCUCCAAUAUCAUGGACUACCGACUUGAUGAAUUCACAGAAUAAUAAAUUCCGUUUAGGUCAUGCAUUCUAUCUAGCUUGACAAAUUCCCAAUGGAGGAGUAUAUAUGUACGUAUCAUUUAAAUUACUAGUCCAUUUUUGGAUGGACUGUAACGUGGAUGGCUUAUCUUGGUCAUGAAUGAGCCUAACACUUCGAAUUUUCUUUCACUUCUGUCAACUUUGUUUGGGAUAUUGUACUGGGAUGGUGAACAGAAGUUUAAAACUAUGAAUAACAAGUGUUAUGCCUAGAUUAUACUAA